CCUGCAGGAUGAUCACCGACGUGCAGCUCGCCAUCUUCACCAACAUGCUGGGCGUGUCGCUCUUCCUGCUCGUGGUUCUCUGCCACUACGUGGCUGUCAACAACCCCAAGAAGCAGGAGUGAGGGGCCACCCCGCAGCGCCCGAGCCCUGAGCAGGGCCUGCCAUGGCCAGAAGCAGAGCUGACAGCCGCCCCUGGCCCCGCAGCCUGGCUCCACAUCGCACCGCGCCGUAGCUUUGUGCAGACACAAAUAAAGGGCUGGAACCUCCCGUG